CCCCCGUCAUGCCUUCAACGUGAACUCAUAAACCCCUACAACAAACGCAGAAAAAGCAAACGAAGCGAUUCCCUUCCAUACUCUCGCGUGCGGGCGAUCGAUCCUUCUUCCUUCGCUGAUCGGGGAGGCGACGUCACGACGAUGAUGAUCGGACCACGCCACGGCAGCAAGCUCGCCGGCGCCACCCUGGCAGCGCUGGGCCAGAGGAUGUUCGCGACAGCCUCCGUCGCGCGCGGCUUCACCGGCGAGGCCUCGACGGGAGCGAGGUAUUUCUACUCCGUUCCCCCUCGCGGCAUGCCGACCGCGUGGCUUGGGGCUCCGGCGAUCGGGCUGCGCCACGAGAGCACCUUGGCUCUCGGAGAGAAAGAGGCGCAGCAGCAGAUACCGGCGAAGGACAAGCGCGGGAUCGCUGGUUCCGACGGAGCGAGGAAGGGCGAGAAAGCGAUCGCCAGUUAUUGGGGCGUGGAGUCUCCGAAGGUCACCAAGGGUGACGGUACCGAGUGGAGGUGGACUUGCUUCCGGCCCUGGGAGACGUACAAGGCGGACAUGUCGAUAGAUCUGAAGAAGCACCACGCUCCGUUGACGUUUUUGGACAAAUUGGCCUUCUGGACGGUCAAGUCCUUGAGAUACCCAACUGACUUAUUCUUCCAGAGAAGAUAUGGCUGCCGAGCGAUGAUGCUAGAGACCGUGGCGGCGGUACCCGGCAUGGUCGGAGGAUUGCUUCUGCACUGCAAAUCGCUGAGGCGGUUUGAGCACAGUGGUGGUUGGAUCAAAGCCUUGCUAGAAGAGGCCGAGAAUGAACGCAUGCACCUCAUGAGCUUCAUGGAAGUUGCACAGCCAAGAUGGUACGAGCGUGCGCUCGUGUUUACAGUCCAGGGCAUCUUCUUCAACGCCUACUUCCUGGGCUAUCUGAUCUCUCCCAAAUUCGCUCACCGGGUGGUUGGUUACCUCGAAGAAGAGGCCUUACACUCCUACACUGAGUUCCUGAAGGAGUUGGACAAAGGAAAUAUCGAGAAUGUCCCAGCUCCAGCCAUUGCCAUGGACUAUUGGCAGCUCCCUGAAGGGUCCACUCUAAGGGAUGUCGUGCUUGUGGUGAGGGCAGAUGAGGCACAUCACCGGGAUGUGAACCACUUUGCAUCGGACAUACAUUAUCAGGGACGUGAGCUGAGGGAAGCUCCUGCUCCACUUGGGUAUCACUGAAAUAUCCAGCGUCACUAGAGUGCUGUGAAGGAUUAAAAGUUCGUUAUAUGAUCGAGGACUAUGUCUUUUACUUUGAAAUAAGUUGGGUACUCAUUACAGUGUGUACAAUGCCCUGUUUUGUCAUUAAAAUGAUACUGAUUACUGGAGUUCAUCGUCAUGAACCUUUUGGUAAUUGUACUUUGAUUCCUCUACGCCCGUGUGAAUAACCCCAUCUUGCUGUUGCUGAAUGAAGAAGUUAUGUUUGACCGA